UCUUUGAAAAAUCCACAUGUGUAACACAUUGAUAUUGUAGUAUACAGUAUUGCGUUGAUAAAUGGAUGUUUUCACAGCAAUAGAAGGAUUUAAAAAUAUUUACUCGGAGUUGAAGGGCGAAACAACGCUAGAAUUCCUCAAAUGGGUCAAAGAUAAUGUAGAUGGUCUUAUUGAGAAAAAAAUAAAAUCUUCCCAGAAUAACAGUGACAUUGUCCUGCAAUCAAUCCGAGAGGACCUUAGAUCUCUCCUUCCUCUGAAUGGGGUUACCUCUACAGAGAAUAUCCACACACCCACUGUGGGUCCUAAUGCGGACUGUGAUGGUCCCAGCACUGAACACAUCGAUGCCUUCUGUUAUGACGAUGAUGACAUUGAUGAUUUGUGUGAUGAGGGUCAGAUGAGUAGGAACUACUGCACAGACUGCGGAUCUAGAAAUGUCAGACCUCUAACUCUGAUUACACACUCUGCAUCUGUGAAACAGAUUAAAUAUAUCUUCCAACACUUACUUGGGGACCUCAGAGGAAAAACUGUUGUUGAUGUGGGGUCCAGAACAGGUGCAAUACUGUAUGGGGCCUACCUGAUGAGUUGUUCUUUGUUUAAGACAUAA